AUGGAGGACGAGAACAUGCCCCGAGCGUCGACUCGAUCGCGCAUCCCGCAGGCAGGCCUCCGAGAACUGAAUCCCGCGACAACCAAUUCUCGAUCAGGCAUGUCUGGUAUCCUGCCCCCGGGAAGCAUCGCAAACAAAGCCACCAGUGUUUCCCCGACUCGACCGAAGACAGCCAAUGCGCCCGAAGCAAAGAGAUCGGCGCCCGUUACCCGCUCGGUAGUCGGUGCACCCAAGGCACACACCCGCGGCAACUCAUAUGCCUCUACGAUGUCGCGAACCGGCUCGACAGCCUCUCGAUCCACCAAUGGUACCUUCUCCAACACCAUGGGGUAUGGUUCACGUCCAGCGUCUGCUAUGUCCCGCCCCCAGACAUCCUUCGGUACGCGCAAGCUCCACGGAGCCUCAAUGCAACGCCCGGCAACAUCGUUAGAUCACCACGCCGAAGAUAAUGCAGCAAGUGUGCUUGGAAAACGCAAGGAUGCCGAAUGGGACCAAGAAUUAAAAGAAAAGAACAUGGAGGAGAUUAUGGCCCGCGUUUUUUCGCGUGUCAACCAGUCUGGUCAGGAGAGCCAAGGCCUUAAGGAGGCUGUCGAAGUAUACAAAGCCAGAAUCAAUGAGCUCGAGAUAUCUCGUGACGGUCUAUCCGAAAUUAACAUGACGCUGCGUGUCGAAAUGGAAUCAUUGAAAAAUCAAUUGAGUGCCGCAGAGAACACAUUGAAAGAGGCCAUGCGCGAUCAAGAAAUUGCGAUGGAUGAUCUAGACCGACGUCAACGAAUAGAAAUGGAAUCCAUUCGACAGGCUGGCAAGAAAGAGGUAGAAGCACUGAGCACUCGCCACCAAGAUGAAAUUCGGAAUCUGAAACGAAAAUUCGAGAGCGAGAUCGCAGAUGAAAAAGCUGCGCGAGUUCGGGAGCUUGGGCAGCUCACCUCACAAUCCGCGCUUGACAUCCAAAAGUCCGAAAUUGAAUUGGACAACAAGACCCGUGAAAUCAAUGCGGCGCAGAGCCAAAUACAGGCCAUGAAAGCCGAAUUGGACCGCGAGCGAAAGUCUACAUAUGACCUUCGACACAACUUGGAUACAGUCAGCAGCAAUAGUGUUACCCUUGAGUCGACCAUCCGAGCUUUGAAGGCCCGCAUUGAAUUCCUUGAGGGUGGACGAGAAGAGCAAUCCCAAGCUUUUGAGCACUGCAACCAACAGAUGAUGGACGCGCUAGCUGAGACAGAGGCAACCAAGGAGAAACUGCGCAAGGAAGAGACACUUCGUCGAAAACUUCACAACCAGGUGCAGGAGCUCAAGGGUAACAUCCGCGUCUUCUGCCGUGUUCGGCCAUCUCUUAACAGCGAGCCGCCUUCUGCUAUUGCUCCGAUGCAAUACCCCGAUGAAGAGGGAGAGGCAAAGGAGAUCAACAUCCUGGGGCCCGAGGAAAAGAGCAGUCUUGGCAGUGUAUCCCGCAAGAAUAACACUUUCGCCUUCGAUCGGGUCUUUGGUCCCUCAACUCAGAACAGCGAGGUCUUUGAUGAGAUCAGUCAGCUAGUGCAGAGUGCAUUGGAUGGCUAUAACGUGUGCAUCUUCUGCUAUGGCCAGACGGGUAGUGGCAAGACCCAUACUAUGUCCUCACAGGACGGCAUGAUCCCUCUUGCUGUGCACCAAAUCUACGAGACCGCUCUGAGCCUAGAGGAGAAGGGCUGGCGAUAUAGCAUGGCGGGCAAUUUCGUCGAGGUCUACAAUGAGAACUUGAACGAUCUUCUGGGCAAUCCAGAUGAACUCGAUAAAAAGAAGCACGAAAUUCGGCACGAUAUGCAACGCGGCAAGACAACUAUCACCGAUAUCACUACUGUCCAGUUGGAUUCACCCGAGAUGGUCGAGUCUAUACUCAAAAAUGCGGCUGCCAACCGCUCUGUUGCUGCUACCAAAGCCAACGAGCGCUCGUCGCGGUCCCACUCCGUCUUCAUUCUCAAAUUAAUCGGCGAGAAUCAUAUCACCGGAGAGCGCAGCGAGGGCACUCUUAACCUGGUCGACUUGGCCGGAAGCGAGCGCCUUAGCCACAGUGGUGCAACCGGAGAGCGCCUCAAGGAGACUCAAAACAUCAACCGCAGCCUCAGCUCGCUUGGCGAUGUGAUUGCCGCCCUUGGCCAGGGCAAAGACGGUGGGCAUAUCCCGUACCGGAACAGCAAGCUGACCUACCUCCUCCAAUUCUCACUGGGCGGCAACUCGAAGACGCUCAUGUUUGUCAUGGUCAGCCCGCUGCAGGCUCACCUUUCUGAGACCCUAACCAGCUUGAAGUUCGCCACGAAGGUGCACAACACUCACAUCGGUACUGCGAAGCGCCAAGCGCGUGUCCGCGACUCUUGA